AUGGGAGAUUGGUUUGCAGCAGCACAAAAAGCUGACGCUGGCCCUGUCGUGGACGAGAUCCCCUUUUUAUCCCGAAGAUCACCAGUGCUCUGUCGAAAUGGUUGCGUAGCAUCAAGUCAGCCGCUGGCAUCCUCGAUUGGGCUGGAUCUCUUGCGCAAGGGCGCCAAUGCCGCCGAAGCUGCUAUUGCUGUCGCUGCAGCGUUAUCUGUUGUGGAACCUUGUAGUACAGGCUUAGGUGGUGACAUGUUUUGUUUGUAUUAUAAUAGCAAGGAACGUUCUGUCUCGGCCAUCAAUGGCAGUGGUUGCAGCCCCAGCCAACUGACGAUGGAGGUUGCAAAAGCCGAUUGUGAUGAUGGCAAAGGAGCCAUCGAUGCUGUCAAGUUUCAAGCUUCACCUCAUGCGGUGACGGUCCCCGGUGCAGCACGAGGGUAUGAAGACGUGUGGAAACGGCACGGGUCGGGAAAAUUUACGCUUGCUGAACUGCUGGAACCUGCUGCGGUCUUGGCCGAAGAAGGGUUCCCGGUGUCUCCCGUGACAGCCUACCACUGGAAAUCAGGUAUGCAUCUCAUCAAGAGAUGGCUUGAUGAUGGUGAAGUGGUACCACUACUGGCUGAGAAUGGACCUAAUCCGGGCGAUAUUAUAGUCAACAAAGAUAUGGCUCGAGUAUUGAGAGAUCUCGGAGCCAAAGGAGCUACAGAAGGCUUUUAUGAGGGUGAAACAGGCAAAGCCAUUGCGGCAGCAGUUCAAAAGCAUGGUGGGAAACUCUCCAUUGAUGAUUUGAAAUCGCAUACAUCCACCUUUCCAGAGCCAGUAUCGACCGAAUAUCGGGGGGUUAGACUAUGGGAGGUGCCUCCAAACGGUCAAGGCGUUGCCGCAUUGGUUGCCUUGACCGGUCUCAGACAUCUAGAGGAAAACAACCUGUGCCCCGAAUUGUCGCCAGCAACGGUAGGGAAGACGGCGGAUGCCUAUCAUGCACUGAUAGAAAUGUCCCGUCUCGGAUUUGAAGAUGCCAGAGCACAAGUUGCAUGCCCCUAUCAUACAAAAGUUCCCAACGAGUGGUUUGUGGAUCAGGAUCGAAUAGGAAAGCGAGCAAAGGAACUCUUCAAUCCACAAAGGGCAAUGGCGAAAGGAGUACCCAGUCCUUCGAGCUGCACUGUAAGCUUUCAGGUUGCAGAUAAAGACGGAAACGCCAUCUCGUUUGUCAACUCCAAUUUUAUGGGUUUUGGGUCUGGGAUUGUUCCUCGAGGAUGUGGAUUUUCUCUCCAGAACAGAGGAUUUGGUUUCACCCUAGACGACAUAGAACAUCCCAACUGCCUCGCUGCUGGCAAGAGACCGUAUCACACCAUAAUUCCAGCCAUGCUGACAUAUGCGGACACCAAUGAGCUACACUCAACAAUCUCCAACAUGGGAGGGAACAUGCAACCACAGGGUCACCUACAACUCACAAUCGACAUGGUUGCGGGAGGUAUGGACCCCCAACAAGCCAUAGACAAUCCCAGGUUUUGCAUUACUGACGGAACUCGCGAUGGCAAGAUCUUCAUGGAAGGUGGACUAGACGAGACGAUCCUCAAAGAACUGACGGAGAAAGGACACGAUCUCAAAGUCAAUGUUGUCGGACACGACCGAGCCGUGUUCGGGAGAGCCCAAAUCAUCAAGCGUGACAGGAAGACAGGAGUUUACUGGGCUGGAUCCGACGGUAGAGCGGAUGGAUGUGCAAUGGGCUACUAA